AUGGCCGAAAAGCGCAAACUCCCGGCACGCGAACGUCGCGAACCCGCCGCGAAAAGACGAGCCUCUGAAGCCACGCCCCAACAGACCCCCCAGACACAGUCGUCGAGCAAGAAAAAGGCUGCAACUCCUCCGCCGCCUCCAGAACCCGCAGUUGUCGCGCCUCCGUUGCCGAUCAAGAUCAAGGAUGGAGACGCUCUGCCCACCGUCCCCACGCCGCAGCAAGUCGCGUCGCUUUCGGACAAGGACUAUCAGUCGAUUGCAGAGAGUGCGGUGCUUCUCACGUCUCUCGAACGAUCGAAGAAAAAAUGGCUGAGCGACGGCAUCCUGGUGCGAUACUGGACAAAACCGAAAAAGACCAAACGAGAACAUAUCGAAGGCAAGAAUCCUCCCAAGGAGUCCAUGUCGAAGGUCGGGCCCUGUCAUAUCAUGGUUGGACCGCAUCUCUUUGAUUGCAUGCUCUACACCGUCAAGGACCCCAAUGCGCCGCCUCCCAUUCAGUAUACACCUCCCCAGCGGCCGAUGGUUCACUACGGGCACCCCAACAACUUCCAGCAAUAUCAACCUUACCCUCCUCCGCCUCCUCCGCAGCAUGCAUUACCGCCGCAACAACAUCCUCAAACCGUCCCUCCAGGCCCUCCUCCGCCAGGGUAUCAACCAAGGGGCAACCAGCCUAUGCGUCCGCCUUCGCAGCAGGGUCAUCCUCCUGGUCAAAUGUCUCCUCCUGCUCAUGCUCCGCCUCCGGGACCGCAGCAGCGUCUAUCCCCUUCGCAACCUGCACAACCGCAACCCCCGAAGCCUAGUCCGGAUCCCGUUAUUCAGAUGCUUGCGACCCGAGCAGCUUCAGAUCCAGAGUUGAAGGCGCUGAUGAGAGUGGUGGCAUCAACAGAGGCGACGCAGGAACAACUUCGAGCAUUUCAGGCCCAUAUCGACGAGCUUAACGCGAUCAUCAGAGCCAGGGAGCAGCGGCAACAACAGCGGCAGGCCCAACAAACUACGCCUACUCCUCGAGGUUAUGCUGGUAGCCCCGCUCCUCCUGCUCAGGCUCAACCGCCUCUGCCUCCACAACAAUCUCCUCCAGCACAGCAGGCUCCUCAAUCGAAGCCCCAGCCAAUGCAACGGGUGGAAGUACAGAUUCCGCAGUAUUCACCUUCUGGUAACCCUCUGCCGCAGACCCCGAGCCAGCCAGCGAGUCAACCACAAACUCCCGCUCCCCAAACUCAGAUUAAACAGGAGUCGGGCGCCGCCACACCAACUCAACCACCAUCUGUGCAUGUGACACCCCCAGGGCCAAAUCCUGGCGUGGCACCAGGCGCACCACCUGUUCCUCCGAACGCCAAACAACCGAGCCCUGCUGUCCGUCCGAUGCCGCAACCCCCUCCCCCGCAAGCAGCAGGACCACGUCCAGGUGCUCCAUAUCCGCCCUACCAACAACCUCCGCACCAAGGCCAGCCUCCAAUUCACUCCCGUCCGCCGCAGUAUGGAUCACCUGCUACUUACUAUCGACAAGCACCGCCGCCUCCUCCGCCAAGGUUGAACUAUAAGUCGGUUGUCUUCGAGUUUACAUCACCAUUGACUCCGUACGGAAGUAGCACGUCGGGUCACGCAGGGUCUGGAGAUCGCUACCUCUUCCCCGAGUAUACGAUCUUGGACUGGUUGCCAGGAGGGAAUACAGUCCUUGCUUCAUUCCUGGUCGUCAGAAAGGUCGACCCAAAUACUCCAUUCCCUCUAGAAACCGCAACAGAGAUAGCCAAUUCGCGGGCAAAAGGCAAAUCAACCAAAUCGAAAAAGUCCGACAAGAAGAAAAAGGACGACAAAGGAAAGGAAGAGCCAAAACCCAACCCAGACCCUUCUACAGCAACCGACACCAAACCCACCACAGAAUCCGAUAAACCCACCGAGUCACAAGACAAACCCAUGACAACCGACCCCAACACCAACACCAACAACCCAGACUCCAUCCCCAAAGAAGACAAAAAAGAACCCAUCCAAAAAGAAUACUACCAACCCGUAACCUUCCGCAUAACCAGCCCAAACCCCAAAGUUCUCGAGCCGCUAGCCCGCGUCGUCAAACCCGCCGACGAAGUCCGCAAGUACAUGAACGAGAUCAUGGACCGGGCAGAGCGUGCACCGGAUGGGUUUUUGGCGGUGCGGUUGCCGCGGGAGGGGAGUCAACAUGAGACUGUUCAUGUGCAUGAGGGUGAGGAGGGUAGAAAGGGUAGUGCAGGGACUGCGGUUGUUUCUGGAGGGUCGAGGAAGUCUUCGAGGGGGAAGAAUGUGGUGAUUGGGCAGGAGGAUGUUGUUGAUACGGAGAAUGAAGGUGUUGAGGAAGAGGAGGAAUUGAGGGAUUAUUAUGGGGCGCCUACUGGGUUGAAUUUGUGGUAG